UAUAUACACAACUCCUCCGAUACUUCACCUUCUUCAAUUCAUCCAUCCAUUAUACCUUUACCUUCCACUUUUCCUAGCUCUAUACAUCUUUACCAAGCACUUCCUCGGUAAAAUCCGAAACCUUCCGCCCAGUCCUUUCCUCCGUUUGCCGAUCGUCGGCCAUCUCUGCCUCAUAAAGAGGCCAUUUUACAAAGGCUUAGCUGAAAUUAGCAAGCGUUAUGGGCCCGUGGUGAUGCUCGAUUUGGGUUCACGGAGUGUCCUGUUAGUGUCAUCUCCGAGGGCCGCGGAAGAAACCCUAAUAAGAAACGAUAUCAUUUUCUCGAACCGCCCGAGAAUGAUCGCCGGGAAAUACCUGGGCUACGAUUACACGUCCCUCGUUUGGGCGCCGUACGGCGACCACUGGAGAAACCUAAGAAAGAUAGCCUCGGCGGAGGUAUUCUCGUCGCGGAGGCUCGAAAUGAUUCACCAGAUACGCGCCGACGAAGUCAAGCUGAUGCUGAGAAGGAUCUUCGCGGCGGCUUCCCGAGCGAAACAACAAAGCGAAAUGGUGGCCGUGGAGAUGAAGACCUUGUGUUUCGAGCUGACUUUGAACAUUAUGAUGAGGAUGAUUGCCGGAAAAAGGUAUUACGGCGACGAGAAUAACGUGGACGAGGAAGUUGAGGAGGUGAAGAGGUUCAGGGAGAUUGUGGCGGAGACGGUGAGGUACGCCGGGGUGUCGAACACGGCGGAAUUUCUGCCCUUUUUACGGUGGCUGAGAUUGGAUAGGUUGGAUUCGAAACUGAGGGUUCUUCAAGAAAAGAGGGAUAGAUUCAUGCAAGAUUUGAUUGAGGAGUUUAAGAAGAUGGAAAAUGAUGGAAAGAGGGAAAAGAAUAAGACAUUAGUGGAGGCUUUGUUGGACCUGCAAACAAAAGAGCCCGAGUAUUAUACAGAUGAAAGUAUCAAAAGCCUUAUGCUGGUCUUAUUAGCUACAGGAACAGAUACAUCCACAGCUACGAUCGAGUGGGCAUUGUCUCUAUUACUAAACAAUCCAUCAGCCUUGAAGAAAUCAAGAGAAGAAAUCAACAAGGUUGUGGGAAAUGACCGUUUAUUAGAUGAAUCGGAUGCAUUUAAUCUACCGUAUUUACGUUGCAUAGUGAUUGAAACACUGAGAAUGUAUCCAGGAGGCCCUUUAUUACCUCGGAUAUCGUCGCAGGAAUGCGUGAUAAGUGGCUAUCGAGUGCCUAAAGGUACCAUGUUGCUAAUCAAUAUGUGGGCGAUACAAAAUGAUCCCCAGAUUUGGGAUGAUCCAAGAAAAUUUAUGCCUGAAAGAUUUGAAGGAAUUUGUAGUACUAAAGACAUUGGUCUGAAAUGGUUACCUUUUGGUUCUGGAAGAAGGGGUUGUGCUGGUGAAAGUUUGGCCAUGCGUACUAUUACAUUUGCCUUAGGCUUACUCAUCCAAUGCUUCAAUUGGGAGAAAAUUGGACCUGAAAAGAUUGAUAUGGCGGAAGGUCCUGGAUUGUCCAUGCGAAAAGUUCAACCUUUGAUUGCCUAUUGUCAACCACGUCCGCAGAUGAUUCAUCUCCUUUCACAAAUCUAAAUUAUCAUUGUUUGAUGUGGACUCUUAAGUCAAUCUGCGACUGACCGCUUGCUGGUUAAAAAUAUAAGUCUGUAAGACUAACACAAGAAUCCUUACUUCGCCCAAGAAUAUGUGCUUGUCUUGUAAUUAAAAGAUACUUAUGUAAUGGCUCUUAAGAUUGUUCAAGACUUAAUAACGUGUAAUUUUGUUUUGUGAUCAAUAAUGU